UCAUCGGUAGUUUCACCGCCGGGUCGAUUGGUGUCGCUGCACCUCGCUCCUCCAGCGUCGAAGAAGACACAAACUCUUCCUCCUUUUCCCGUUUCAUCACACAGAAAGAAGGUGUCCGCUGUAAAGUUAUUAUUUUUCGUUGGUUCAUUUUAACAAUGCUGUCCUUGAGCAGUUUGCGUAGCUUGUUGACGGCGAGCCGGCAGUGCUUCCCUCAAGCGGUUACAUAUGCAGUGCAGUGCAAGUCCAUCAGCUCCCAGGGGCACGGCAGGCUCAGCAAUGUGAAUGUCAGGCUAAAGGAGAGGGAUCAUGUACACAAGACUGCUGCUGUCACCUCAUCACGGAUUUACUGCACAUCCCAUGUAAUUGUGAGCUGCUGGAACUGCCAACAACCUCUGGGCAAAGCACCUGCAUUCUUGUGCAUGUCAUGUAAAGCAGUCCAACCCCUUCAUGAGGGGACAUCCUACUUCCAGAUCCUGGACUGUGAUUGCACAUUUGCACUGGACACACACAAGCUGCAGAAAAGAUACUUGCAGCUCCAGCGGUCUCUGCAUCCAGACAACUUCAGCCAGAAAUCUGUGAGAGAGCAGGAGUAUUCAGCGAACCAGUCGGCUCUUGUGAACAAAGCAUACAAGACUCUGCUUAAGCCUUUGAGUCGCGGUCUUUAUAUGCUGGAGCUUGAGGGCAUAUAUAUACAAGAAGGCACAGACUCUGAGGCUGAUGCAGAGUUUCUAAUGGAGCUGAUGGAGAUCAAUGAGGCACUUGAUGAAGCACAGACUCCAGAAGAAGCCGAUAAGAUUGGCCAAAACACAAAAGCGAAACUGACAGACUUGACAGAACAAAUAGAUGCUGCCCUUCGUAAAGGAGAGCUUCAAGCUGCCAAAGCCCUGCUUGUCCAAAUGAAAUACUUUGCAAACAUUGAAGAGAAAGUGAAGGAAAAACUUUCAGACUUCAUGUAAAAAAAAAAAAAAAGUUGCACUUUUGUAUAUUUUUAGUCAAUUUAAAAAGUUGUACAGGAGCACCAUACAAUACA